AUGCAUUUACAUCCAGUCUGCUUCCCCUCUCACCUGCAUGUUUCCCACCCACUCCCCUGGGCCAACCACUUCCUCCCAACUUCCCUUUCUCAUCUGCACUCGGUGCCCCACCCUCCCCUCCCCCUUCUCACCUGCAUCUCUGCGCUCAGCCAUGUUCCACCCUGCAUUUACCCCUUCCCACCUCCCUCUCACCUUCAUGACCCCUUGGGGUUGUCUCGCUGCACUUACCCCCUUCCCACCUCCCCCUCAUCUGCUUCUCAUAUUGCACACCAGGGCCCCUCUCUCCCCCUCUCCUCCUCCCCACUCUCCCCUUCCCCCCUCUCCUCCUCCCCACUCUCCCCUUCCCCCCUCUCCCCUUCCCCCCUCUCCCCUUCCCCCCCUCCCCUUCCCCCCUCUCCCCUUCCCCCCUCUCCCCUUCCCCCGUCUCCCCUUCCCCCCUCUCCCCUGCGCCCCCCUCACUCCCUCUCACCUGCAUUUCAGUGCUCAACCACACGUAUCGCACGCUAG